UAAUUGAAUUUCACGUUAUUGUUUUGAAAAUAUUUAAAAUUAUGUAUUUAAAAUGCAUUGUUAUUGUCUGUGCGGUGUAUUUCAUAACAUUAGUAUGGAGUACUGGACUGAACAGUGAUCAAUUAAAACUGUUGGCUGGGCUGUACGAAAACACCGAACUAUCUAUCAAUGAAAUUACUGAUGAGAAUAUCACACAAUUCAUCAAAGAACAUUUUGGAAUAGAACAGUUAACAAAUAUUUUUAGAUGUGAUCCAAAUGUGCCCGAAUUAAUUAAUUUAAAUGAUUUAUUGAUGGUGUUGGCGAAGAAUGACAAUAAAAACGCCGAUAAAACCAAGGUCAAAAAUCUCACGCCUACUGAAGUAGAACAUUACCUCGGCGAGUUCAUUGCACACACCGAAAUUCAUAACCAACCGGGAUAUCUUACUCCUCGACAGCUACAAGGAUUAUUUAAGAGUUUGAAUCUAAAAGAUGCAUUGGAAGCAUUACCAAAUGAAAUUAAAAUUAAAAAAGGCGGCAACUAUGUAAUGAACGGGGCGGAUUUCUUGUUCAUCAUGUUGGCAAUCAAACCAGAAGGCAAUGGUCUGACCUUAGCACAAUUAGAAAAGUUCGUUAGUUUGUACGAAGCACAUAGCAUUGAUCCUGUGGCUAGUCAAAAAAUCUUCGAAGAGCUUGGUAUAACUACCAAGGAACACGAAUUGAAUCUGCUAUUUAAACACGACCGACCCGCUGAAAAAUUGUUGAUAGACAUAAUCGUCUAUGCGGCAGAACGCAGUCGGACGGUUGAGAAAAAUGAAUCAAGAUUAUUAGAUCAAAGCGAGGUCGUGAGUUGCGUAAGCAACUUCAAUAUGCUCGACGAGAACGAAGACGGUUUACUGUCCGGUGAUGAAUGUGCCUUCUUUGUAGAAAAGUUAAAAACUGUUUUGGAACUAAUGACCAAAGGGUCAGUAAAAGAUUCGCUCACUUUUGAAAAAGCGCAAAUUUUUUUAAAAAAAUUUGAUGGUUCCGACGGUAAUUUAAACUGA